UUCCGCCCGGCGCGCCCGCCAUCUUGGCUCCGCGGCGGCGCCGGGCCGGCUGGCAGCGCAGGGCGGCGCGGAGGUGCGGCCGCCAUGCCGUCGUCGCCGCUGCGGGUGGCGGUGGUGUGCUCGAGCAACCAGAACCGGAGCAUGGAGGCGCACAACAUCCUCAGCAAACGCGGCUUCAGCGUCCGCUCCUUCGGAACAGGAACUCAUGUGAAGCUUCCUGGGCCUGCCCCUGACAAGCCCAAUGUUUAUGAUUUCAAAACCACCUAUGACCAGAUGUACAACGACCUGCUCAGGAAAGACAAAGAGCUCUACACGCAGAACGGAAUCCUUCACAUGCUGGAUCGCAACAAGAGGAUCAAGCCCCGGCCUGAGCGGUUCCAGAACUGCAAGGACCUGUUCGACCUCAUCCUCACGUGCGAGGAGAGGGUAUACGACCAGGUGGUGGAAGACCUCAACUCCAGAGAGCAGGAGACCUGCCAGCCGGUGCAUGUCAUCAACGUGGACAUCCAGGACAACCACGAGGAGGCCACCCUGGGCGCCUUCCUCAUCUGCGAGCUCUGCCAGUGUAUCCAGCACACGGAGGACAUGGAGAACGACAUGGACGAGCUGCUGCAGGAGUUCGAGGAGAAGAGCGGCCGGGCCUUCCUGCACACGGUGUGCUUCUACUGAGCAGCCCCGCGGGCCUAGCCGCGUGUACCUGCGGGGGCCCGCGGGGGCCGCGGCGCCGCCCCGCGCUCGGGAGCGAACACUGAGAUAAAGUUCUUUCCUUCCCACGCG